AGUUGUCACCUGCCGUUUGACAGCUGUCGACUUUUACGUAAAAUGUUUUUUCGUGCUUUGAUUCGUUCAGUAGCACGCAACCACUACUGCAACACGCGGCGCUUUAGACUCUCGUUGGGAUAUGCACUUCCAAUUUGUUCGACAGCUCCCAACGUCACCCCAACACAUCUAAUUAAAAAUGGAACCAGCCGCAAUUUUUAUACCUGUGAAGUGCUGUGGAAGCGUAGAAAAACAGGCGAGGAAAAAAAAUCGGAUCGAAUUAUAGAGUACUCGCCGAAGAAGAAGAAAGGCGGGGCAAAAUUAGAAGGCAUAGUGGAUAUUUGGCGUCACAUCUCCGUACAAGAACUAGCGGAUACUUUGGAGCGUUCGUUGGAAGACGUACAGGAAGUUAUGUUAUAUGUGAAAGGUGCUGACAAUAUCGAGCCGCAUGCACGUUUGGACGACCUCAAAAUUAUACAAGAAAUUGUUAAUAAAUGUGGUGUAAAGUCGCGCAUUGUUUCCGCGCCAGAGUUGGAACAUGAUGCCACAGACUUGGACAAACAUCAUGAUGUCGCACCACGUCCACCGGCGCCGGCGGAGCUGCUCAAACCACGACCACCUGUUGUCACAGUCAUGGGUCAUGUUGACCAUGGCAAAACCACGCUCUUAGAUUCAUUGCGUGGCGCUGCUGUAGCUGCCGGUGAAGCAGGUGGCAUUACUCAACAUAUUGGCGCUUUCACCGUCAAACUUGCCAAUGGCGAGCAGGUAACUUUCCUCGAUACACCCGGCCAUGCAGCUUUCAGUGCAAUGCGUGCGCGAGGUGCACAUGUCACUGACAUAAUUGUGCUGGUAGUGGCGGCCGAGGAUGGUGUAAUGGCACAAACACGCGAAGUCAUUCAACUGGCGCUAAAUGAAAGUGUUCCGAUAAUUGUUGCCAUUAACAAAAUCGAUAAGCCCGAAGCGGAUAUUGAAAAAACAAAACGAGACUUGACGCAGAUGGGCUUAGUAUUGGAGGAUCAAGGUGGUGAAAUUCAAGCCAUACCCAUUUCUGCGUUGAAAGGCACAAAUCUGGAACUCCUAACAGAGGCUGUAAGCACGCAGGCGACCAUAAUGGGACUGAAAGCAGAACCCACUGGGCUGGUGGAAGGCGUGGUGGUGGAAUCCAAGACUGAUCCGCACAGAGGAAAGCUUUCCACUGCAAUUGUUACCCGCGGCACCCUGCGUAAAGGAGCUGUACUCGUCAGUGGCUUGGCGCAUGCUAAAGUGCGUGGACUGUUCGAUCAUAAUGGUAAGCCUAUGACGCAAGCACCACCCGGCACACCAGUUGAAAUACUGGGUUGGCGCGAGCUGCCUCUAGCUGGUGAUGUCAUACUUGAAGUGGAAUCUGAGAAAAAGGCACAUUCCGUGUUGCGUUGGCGAGAACACGAGUCCAAACAUCAUAAAGCCGAGGAGGCUGUCGAUGAAAUUCGUAAGAAAGAAGAGGAACAUUUAGCCAAGUAUCGUGCGGAACGUGAUGCGCGCCGACUGGCAGGCAAAUUCCGCAUGCGAUAUGGGCCGCGCGAGAAGGAAAUUAUCGAUCACGACGAUGUGCCACGCGUCAGCAUCGUUGUCAAGGGUGAUGUACAUGGAUCUGUGGAGGCGCUACUCGAUGUUUUCGAUACCUACACUAAUCACGAGCGUUGCCGUCUUGAUGUUGUGCACUACGGCGUGGGGAAUAUCACCGAAGGAGACAUUGAACUCGCUAAAGCAUUUAAUGCCAUUAUUUAUGGAUUUUCAGUACCUGCGCCACCAAAUGCACCAAAAGAUGUGCCAAUACGUUGCUAUGAUGUCAUCUAUCGCCUUAUCGAUGAUCUUAAAGCAGAGCUUGGCAGUAAACUGCCUGCGCUUGAAGUCGAUGAGGUGAUGGGCGAGGCCAAUGUGCUGCAGCAGUUCACCAUCAGUGAGGGACGCAAAGAAGUGCCUGUAGCAGGCUGUCGCUGUGUGAAGGGUGUGUUGAAAAAAGCGCAUAAAUUCCGAUUAGUACGUGAUGGCGAAGUUAUAUACGAUGGUCAUUUAGCAUCAAUGCGCCAUUUGAAAAACGAAGUGGACUCAAUUAAAAAAGACGUGGAAUGCGGCUUGAGUUUUAAAGACACCAAAGUCGUGCCACAAGCUGGCGAUACCAUCGUAUGCUAUACAACACGCAUGGAAGAACAGCAAAUGGACUGGGAUCCAGGGUUUUAAAUUGGCAAAUAAUAAAAAUUGGCAGCAAAUCGAAAAUGGAUUUUAGUAUUUAAAGCGUACUAUGCAAUUGUGCAAACAACUAUAAAGUGCUAACAUCGACAACUCAAACUUCUAGCGGAUUAGAAGUCGAUUGUAUCAAACAUUCGUUAUUACAUACAUAUUUUGUAAAAAUAUUCACAGUUAAUGAAAGUUGAAUGUCAUCAAUGCAGGUGCAUUGAAACAAUAAAAAAUUGAUUUCCUUUUUAA